UGUACAUCGGGUCCACCUCCAGGGCACAGGCUGUAGCUCAUUCUGACCACUGCUCCUCUCCUGGGAAUAACUUUCAAGGGUUUGAGGUUGUUUUUUUUAAAGUUUUUUUUUGGGGGGGCACCUUUCCUUUCAAGUAUAAGCAACACAAAAUGGCACCAAAGAAGGAUGUAAAGAAACCAGCAGCAGCAGCAGCACCAGCACCAGCACCCGCUCCGGCACCGGCACCAGCACCAGCACCCAAAGAACCCGCAAUCGACCUCAAGAGCAUCAAGAUCGAGUUCUCCAAGGAGCAGCAGGAUGACUUCAAGGAGGCCUUCCUCCUCUUUGACAGGACUGGCGAUGCCAAGAUCACCCUGAGCCAGGUUGGAGAUAUCGUUCGGGCACUGGGGCAGAAUCCUACAAAUGCUGAGAUCAACAAGAUCCUGGGCAACCCCAGCAAAGAGGAAAUGAAUGCCAAGAAAAUUACUUUUGAGGAGUUCCUGCCCAUGUUGCAAGCAGCUGCCAACAAUAAGGAUCAGGGCGGCUAUGAAGACUUUGUUGAAGGUCUGAGGGUCUUUGACAAGGAAGGCAAUGGCACAGUCAUGGGGGCUGAACUUCGUCACGUCCUGGCUACUCUGGGUGAGAAGAUGACAGAAGAUGAAGUAGAAGAACUCAUGAAAGGUCAGGAAGACUCCAACGGCUGCAUCAACUACGAGGCAUUUGUAAAACACAUCUUGUCUGUCUAAGUGGACUUCCCCAGACACCAAAGGAACAACUAAAAUUCCGAAAGACCAGAUAGCACUCAAGAUUUGCCUGAAAUUCUUGCUCAGUCUGUCACCAUCAACAUGGAAACUGUAUAAAACUGGAUGAUGUGCCUCCGACCCCACCAGUUAUUACCAGUGCUCACACAGGUAUCAUCUCUGUGUCACUGCACUUUCAUUUAAAAUCCUGAACUUUCAUCAAGGCAAGCCAGAUGGAAUAAGCUGCCAUCACCCAGGAUUCAUCUAUCCCAAGCAUCUCCUUCCAUGUUGUUUGCUCUGAAACAAUGUCAUCAUCUAUUGGAAAAAUAAAGUAUCUAUAAAUCCCUGUGGUCA